AUAGUCGUUUAGGCAGGUCAUAAUGCUUUUCUUUGGGAGGGGCAUGGUGGUGGUCUUGAAGCAGAAUGGCACAAAAGCUUGUGUGAGGGACAGAUUGAAUAUGUCCACAAACACGUCAGCCAGUUCUGAUGAGCAAACCCUGAGUGCACGCCCAAUGAUGUUGUCUGGGCCGGCUGCUCUCCGUGGGUUUAUUCUCUUCAAGGUCCUGCACACAUCCACUGAUGUCACAGCGAAUGAUGUGUUCUGUGUGGCCAUUAUGUCUCUCAGUCGGCCAAGGUUGAGGGCGUCGAAGCGAGCAUAGAACUCAUUCAGCUCAUCAGGUAGUGUAGUAUGGUUGGUUGUGACUACCCUGCUCGUCUGUUGGAAAUUGAUGUGCUGCAGUCCUUGCAGCAUGUGCCGGGAAUCUGCAGUGGUGUAGUAGCCUUCCAACUUCAGCCUGUACUGGCUUUUGGCCUCUCUAAUAGAUCUACACAGGUCAUAUCUGGACCUUUUGUAAUCUUCAGUGUUGCCUGAGAGAAAUGCAGCAUAGUGAGCAUGUAGCAUGGACCGAACUUCACAGUUUAUCCAGGAUUUCUGGUUGGGGUAUUUUUUGCAGCGCUUUAUAGGAGCAAUGCUUUCAAUGCAGCUGCUGAUGUAGCCCAUUACCCCAGAAGCAUAAACCGCUAGAUCAACAGUACAGUUCUCUCUCAUAGCAGCAGUUCUGAACACAUCCCAGUUUGUACUGUCAAAGCAGUCCUGAAGCACUAGGUCAGUUUCUUCUGCACUUUGAAAGUGCUUGCUUGAGUUGCCUGUGUACUGGGCAGAGGAACACGGAGAUGUGGUCAGACUGUCCAAGGCACAGCCCUGUAGGCCCCCCUCACACUGCUUUAGACUUGAUCGAGUAUGUUACUCUCCCUUGUCGGAAAGCUCACGUGCAGAUGAUACUUGGGGAGGACAGUCCUCAGGUUGCAGUGGUUGAAGUCGCCGGCAACAAUGAAUGUGGCAUCCAGGUGCACGGUCGCGUUUACUAAUGGCGUCAUGUAGCAGCCCUAGCGCCAUGGCCAAGUGCAUGCAUGGCGGGAUGUAAACAGCCAGAAUAAAUACAGCACUGAACUCUCUCGGCAAAUCUGCACUUCACCAUCAGCAGCUCUAAAUCAGCUGAACAAUGUUUUCAAACAGUCUUUACGUCUGAACACCACCUGUUGUUCACGCUCUGCUCUUCAGCUGCGCCGCUCACCCGAGGCCAGUGCUGCUGGACUUUGCCUGCUGGUGGAGUGCGAGCGUAAAAGAAAGUUGAAGUCUGAAAGGCUAAAGAUGGAUGAUGGUGCCUUUUAUCGCUCUGACUUCUACAUUGGUUUGUCACUCGCCAUCAUCUCAAGUUUCUUCAUUGGUGGGAGCUUUAUUUUGAAAAAGAAAGGACUCUUAAGACUUGCAAGCAAGGGUUCCAUGAGAGCAGGUCAAGGUGGAUAUGCAUACCUGAAAGAAUGGUUGUGGUGGGCCGGUCUCAUAUCAAUGGGAGUAGGUGAGGCAGCUAAUUUUGCAGCAUAUGCCUUUGCACCUGCCACGUUAGUGACACCUUUGGGAGCAAUGAGUGUUUUAGUAAGUGCUAUGCUGUCAACAUAUUUCCUGAAUGAAAAACUGAAUAUCCAUGGGAAAGUUGGCUGUGUACUGUGCAUCCUUGGCUCUACAGUGAUGGUGAUCCAUGCUCCUCAGGAGGAGGAGGUUGCUUCUCUGAGUGUCAUGGCAGAGAAACUUAAAGAUCCAGGAUUUAUCAUUUUUGCCAUCUGCAUUGUUGUAAGUGCCAUGAUCCUGAUCAUCUUCGUUGUGCCUCAUUAUGGUCAGAAGAAUGUGCUGGUGUACAUCCUCAUCUGUUCAGUGAUUGGUUCAUUAUCUGUGUCCUGUGUGAAAGGCCUGGGUAUUGGCAUCAAAGACCUUUUUGCUGGAACAGCAGCGCUAAAAGAACCUCUGUUCUGGGCUUUACUUGUGUGCCUUGUAAUAUGUGUGAGCAUUCAGAUCAGCUACCUGAACAAGGCUCUCGACAUAUUUAACACAUCUAUUGUUACACCUAUCUACUAUGUCUUUUUUACAACUUCUGUUAUGGUGUGCUCAGCUAUCUUGUUCAAAGAGUGGCUGCGUAUGUCCACUGAUGGAGUUGUUGGAACGGUUAGUGGGUUUCUUACAAUUAUAAUGGGUAUUUUCCUCCUCCAUGCUUUUAAGGACACUACUUUUAGCUGGGAUUCACUGCCUCUUUAUUUACAUGGUGCCCCUCGAGGCAGCACAUGGAAACAAUCCUAUAUUGCCUUGUCAACCCAUGAGAUUCUGGGGGGUGAUAUGGACAAGAAGUAACAAAGACCUUCUCACCUCUGAAUUGAGGUGUGACGAUUAAGAAGAAUGCAGUCUGAAAGCCCAGUACACUGCCAUGAACGCCAAAUUUUAUUUGUUUAUACAGGAAACACUCUUCUGCUGUAAGUGAGCCUGCUAUGAAAAAGGUCUUUUAAUACCAGCACCUGAACAACACCAAAUAAAUUCUAUCCGUAAACCCAGAGCUCAUCCUGGGGAAGCCUUAUUUCAUCAGGUUGUGGUGUGAACUUUAAUAAUGUCAAAAUUAAGCUGCAGAAGCUAACUGUGUAGUCUGGUCUACAUAUUUUUAUUUACUCUGUGGCUCAAAUAGGCUCACUAUGUAGUUUUAAUGAUUAUAUUAAUUGAUUUGUGUAGUGGUGCAGUCAUUUGUAUAUGUAGUGCAAUAUUUCAUUGAAGCCACAUGUAUAUACCACAGGAAAUGUUAAAUAAACCUUAAAAUAAUUUGA